AUGUCUAACUCAUCAACAUCCUCAACGUCUUCCGCAUCAUCGAAACCAGUGAUGCAUCAUACAAAUUUACCAAAAAUAAACAUUUCAACAACAUCAGAUUAUUUACUCUCGUCAAAACCAAAUGCUAUAGUAAUCUUUCCUGAAGGUACUAUAAGCGACGAACCGAUGGCAUUUGAUGACGAAGCGUUAGAAUUCUCUUUAAUAUCGAACUGUCCUUCUCCAAUAGAACGUAAAAUGGAGAAAUAUAAAAAAUUGAGGGCCAUUCAUGAACGUGCCGGUCGUUUACCCAAAGGAUCAGACAAUUCUUCAAACUAA